AUGCAUGAGUGGCGUUUGACGACACGACACACCGAGCACACACGGAGCACACACGGAGCACAGUGUCAGCAACGUGCCGGUGCGGCUCUUGACUGGUCUCUUGCCUGCCCGAAAGACGGCGUAUCGAUCGGCCCGCAUGCUUUGCUCUGCUCCGCCGACUUUGCUUGGCCCCGUCUCGCCGACGUCGACCGCAUUGCAGGCCUCCUGUGA